AUGGCAGUUGUGGACUGUGAGCUGGAGAAGGAAUUGAAACAAUUCGAUGAAACAAAAGCUGGUGUCAAAGGCCUGGUAGACGCUGGGGUGACCAAGCUCCCAAGAAUGUUCAGACACCCUCCAGAGACCCUACCUUCCCCCAACCAAAACAAUGGCCUUGACUCCAACCUCCAAGUUCCUGUCAUUGAUCUCAAGGAUGUCGACAUCUGCGACAGGCGAAAAGAGAUCAUCAACGACCUUCGAAAAGCAGCUGAAGAAUGGGGUUUCUUUCAGAUUGUGAAUCAUGGAAUUCCAAUUGCUGUCAUGGAUGAGGUGCUCAAAGGUGUUCGAGGUUUUCAUGAGCUUCCCAAGGAGGCCAAGGAGGAGUGGUAUUCGCGCGAUUUUAAGAAGAAGGUCAACUUCUUCAGCAAUGGAAGUGGUAGAAGGGCGCGAGGAGAAGCUGGGAGGUCAGCGUCUAGCUCAUAUCCUAAAAUUGCUACAAACAUGAAAUCCCUUAGCAUGAAGAUAGCUGAAUUUUCUAAAGCUAUUCCAUGCUCACUUAGUGGUUCAUCAAAUGUCAGAAGAUGUCAAGUAAAGACAGGGUGCUCUGGCACUAUUGAUGCAAGAGAGCACAGAAAUCUUUCUGGUAAGAAGUAA